GCCUGGCCGAGUUUAGUGACCGCCGCGAGAACGAAGACCGUGUAUUCAUUGCGCAGUCGAGGAGUGUAAUAUUCUAGCUUUAAUUUAGUAGACUUUGCUAACGUUGCGUUCCUCGUGUCAAGAUGGCUGCCAACAUUCAAGCUGCUGUAGCCAGGAAUCUCUUGGAGGCAUCCAAAGUGAUUGAAGAACAGAUAGAUGCCGAGAUUGAAAAACUCGACAAGUUGGCGGAUGAAGACCUUGAAGGUCUGCGUCAAAAGCGCCUGGAUGCCAUGAAAAAGUAUGAGAAGAAGAAGCGCGAGUGGCUCGAGAAGGGUCACGGCGAGUACACGGAGCUGACGUCCGAGCCUGAGUUCUUCGAGGCGUGCAAGGGCAGCGAAGACGUGGUGGUCCACUUCUUCCGCGAGAGCACCUUCCGCUGCAAGAUCGUCGACAAGCACCUGGCAAUCCUCGCCCAGAAACACCUGGAGACACGCUUCUGCAAAAUCAGCGUUGACAGGGCUCCAUUCCUGUGUGACCGCAUGAAGAUUCGGGUGCUCCCCACCAUCGUGCUCUUCAAGGACUUCAAGUCGAAGGACUUCAUCGUCGGAUUCGACGACCUCGGCGGCGUCGAUGACUUCAGCACAGAGAUGUUGGAGUGGCGCAUUGCGCGAGCCCACGUCAUCAGAUACUCUGGAGACCUCAGCGUCCCCCCCACGGAGGGUGCAAAGGAACGCAGGCCGAUGCUCAAUUUCGAGCGGAAGACCAUCCGCGGACAGGCCGGAGACGACAGCGACGAUGAUGAGUGACACAUUUGCGACUGUCCUUGAUGUGUGAGAGAAACAGAGAGAGAGAGAAACAUGGCUUGGCUUCAUGGUGCUAUUGUAUGUCAUGAUCUGCUUAAUGACUGGCUAGUGCCACUCGAUUUUCAUCCAGUCUAGGCUUAUUUAUACAAGCAUUAGAACAACAGUUGUUUUGCUAAUGGGCAGUGGUCAGUUUUAUACAUAUUCAUCUAAUUCAUCGUCUUAUUUUACUCUCGGUCGAGUCUUCUGUCAUUAUCGCAUGUGGUUAGCAACUCUGUAGGUUUCUCGGAAGCUGUGAGUUUCAUUUAAACAUGUUUAACGUAUCAUCACGCUUGUAGUGGAUGCACUACUGUUCUUUUCUAUUUACCAAAACGAGGGAAUACUAUUUUUCAAUGUUUAUGCAGAGUGCAUUGUACAAUUGUAAUUCAGAUUGCUUGUAAAUUAAGUUUCUGCCAACUGACUACACAUGAUUCAUCACAUUUUUAUGGCAUCUAAUUGUUUUGUUUGCUCUGAGCCACCCCAAACCCUCUUUUAUGAUGUGUGUUGUACAGCGAGUCUUUAAUCAUGCUCGCCAAUUGUUGCAUCACCACGAAUAAAGACCAUUUGAUAUUUCUGCCACUCAGCGUCUAUUCAGCU